AUGUUCGCCAAGAAAGCCGUUACCCAAUACAUUAAGUCUAGCACCAAGGGUUUAUCCCAAAAGUUCCCUAUGUUCUUCGCUGCUAAGGAAUUGAGCUUUGGUAUGGAAGCCAGAUAAAAGAUGCUUAUUGGCUGCGAAAAGCUUGCUGAUGCCGUUCAAACCACCCUCGGUCCCAAGGGUCGUAACGUUGUCAUCGAAUAAACUUUCGGUCCCCCUAAGAUCACUAAGGAUGGUGUCACUGUUGCCAAGAACAUCGAAUUUUCUGAUAAGUUCGAAAACAUUGGUGCCUCUUUGGUCAAGCAAGUUGCUUCCAAGACUAAUGACGAAGCUGGUGAUGGUACCACCACUGCCACCGUCUUAGCUAGAGCUAUCUUCAAGGAAGGUUGCAAGUCUGUUGCUGCUGGUAUGAACCCUAUGGACUUAAGAAGAGGUAUCAACCUUGCUGUUGACCACGUCGUUAAGACCCUUAAGGCCAACUCUAGACCCGUCAACACCACCCAACUCAUUUCCGAUGUUGCCACUAUUUCUGCCAACGGUGACCGUGAAAUCGGUGAUCUUAUUGCUAAGCUCAUGGAAAAGACUGGUGAACACGGUACUAUCACUGUUGCUGAUGGUAAGACCUUGAACCACGAAAUCGAAUUCGUUGAAGGUAUGAGAUUCGACAGAGGUUACAUCUCUCCCUACUUCGUCACUAACACUAAGUCUUAAAAGUGUGAAUUAGAAAACCCUCUUAUCUUGAUCGCUGAAAAGAAGGUUACUAACAUCCAAGCUAUCUUGCCCUACUUAGAACACGCCAUGAAGUCCAACAGACCCAUCCUCAUUAUCUGUGAAGAUGUUGAAUCUGAAGCUUUGGCUACUUUGGUCGUCAACAAGCUUAGAGGUGGUCUUAACAUCUGCGCUGUUAAGGCUCCCGCUUUCGGUGAUAACAGAAAGGCUAUCCUUAACGAUAUUGCCAUUCUCACCAACGGUACUGUCAUCUCUGAAGAUGUUGGUCUUAACUUUGACAAUGCUGAAGUCAAUGUUAUGGGUACCUGCAAGAGAGUUAUCGUUACUAAGGACGACACCGUUAUUAUGGAUGGUUCUGGUGAUUAAACUGCUAUUAAUGAAAGAUGUGCUUAAAUCAAGGAAUAAAUUUAAGAAACUACUUCUGAAUACGACAAGGAAAAAUUAUAAGAAAGACUUGCUAAGUUCUAAGGUGGUGUUGGUAUCAUUAAGGUCGGUGGUGCCUCUGAAGUCGAAGUUGGUGAAAUCAAGGACAGAAUCACCGAUGCUCUCUGUGCUACCAGAGCUGCCGUCGAAGAAGGCAUCGUUAUUGGUGGUGGUUGCGCUUUAUUAUAUGCUUCCAGAGAAUUAGACAACUUGAAGGGUGAAAACUUCGAUUAAAACAUUGGUAUCUAAAUCGUCAAGAAGGCCAUCCAAAUUCCUUGCAAGACUAUUGCUGAAAAUGCUGGUAAGGAAGGAGCUAUCAUUGUUGGUAAAUUACUUGAAUCUAAGGAUGCUAACCUCGGUUAUGAUGCUUCCAAGGACAGAUAUACUAAUUUAAUUGAAGCUGGUAUUAUCGAUCCCACUAAGGUCGUUAGAAGAGCUCUUAUCGACUCUACCUCUGUUGCCUCUUUAAUGAUUACUUCUGAAUGUAUUAUUGUUGAAGAUGCCAGCCAAAAGAAGGAUGCUGCUCCUGCUAUGGGUGGUAUGGGCGGUAUGGGUGGUAUGGGAGGUAUGUACUGA